AUGUUCGGAGGAAUGGGAAUGCCGCAGCUGUCGGCCGAGGAGCUCAGGGCUGCCGAGGCUGAGGCUUCUUACACCGUCCAGCAGGUCGUCGCAACGGCUGUUGCUCUGUAUCUCUCCCCCUUCGCCGUCGACGCCAUCUGGAAGAUCUUCUGA